GUUGCAAUACUUUUUACUUAAGAAUAAAUAUCUACGUGUCAAUCAGUUUAAGAGAGUUGAGUUUGGUCUUUUAGUGCUUGUCGUGGGGCUGGUACCUUGCCAACGAUAUGCAGUUCUUUGUCAUCUCUCCGUUACUUAUUGUACUGCUGAGAAAGAGUUGGAAGACCGGAUUUGCUGCAAUAUCUGCUCUCUGUUUGUUGUCCUUUGCGGCAACGGCUUCAAUUAAUACCUAUUGGGGUUUGCCAAUCGAAGGUGGUUGGGGCCAACAAAAAUAUAACAACCGGACGGAUUCAACCGAGUAUCCAAAUGGGGACCGAGUGUAUGGCAAGCCCUACUGUCGUAUUCCAGCUUACCUAGUUGGAGUGUCUGUUGGAUACGUAUUGUACCGUCUCGAUAAAAAGCAACUGAAGAUACCAUUGAUGGCUGUUCUACUGGGCUGGUGUGCAGCAGUAGCAACGGGACUAGCUGUUAUAUAUGGAUUGUGGAGUACUUAUGAUGGACACCAGGUUCCCCAGGGUGUGGCUGUAUUUUAUAACACCGUUGCUCGAUUCUCUUGGUCGCUUGCUGUAGCUUGGGUUGCCUUUGCGUGUAUUACCGGCUACGGAGGUUUUGCGAACACCAUUCUUUCUUGGGGUGUUUGGUCACCCCUUGGACGUUUAACCUACGGUGCCUAUCUAUUUCACCCGUUAGUUUUAUACGGCAUAAUACUUACAUGGAAGACUGAGUUCCACUUAACAAUUUCCAACUAUGCUAAUCUCUUCAUCGCAGGUAUGGUGCUUUCGUACGCUGUAGCAUUUGUGAUGUCGUUGCUUGUAGAAGGACCGUUUAUGGCUUUGGAAAAACUGAUGCUCGGAAAAACCAAACGAGAAUAGUAUUAAUGAGAGAAAUACAUUCAUUUUAAUAAUCAUACUUCAAAUUAAUGAGAAAUGCAAACGAUGAAUUAUAUAAGUUGUCUACAUUAGGCUAAACAAGGUGAGGUUUAGUGUUACGAUUGAACAUCUUCAUAUCCCAAUGUCCGUGUUAAAAAUGCCAGCAAAAUGUUUUUUUUACAAAUGAUAAAUCAAAAAUGCACUUCACAAGCCUCAUAAACAAAUUUGAAUAUUAUGGGAUAUCGCAUGUAACAAAUGACCAGCUUUGAUGAAUGAACAAAAAGUAGUACAAAAUGUUGCGAAACAUCGAUAGGCCUGAUUAGUUUAGUCCAGAUAAAUAAACAUUAUAUUUUAAAUAAAUAUUUUAGUAAAUUAAUUAUGUAGAAGUAAACCAAGGCCUUCAAUCAUGUAAGGAAAAAAAGGAAUGUUCACUUCGCUACCCUGUACCAAUGCUUUCACCACUACACAAACAAAUCGUAUCGUUGAGUUUUAGAAAUAAACCAACACCUCAGCAGAGUAUGGAACUAGUUUAUAUACUCGAUAAGAAAAUGUAGAGAGUAGAGUUUAUUAUGAUGAAUAAAAGCAUUGACCACAAUAUGUUAAUCAAUCGGA